AGACGAAGCGACGAAGAUUUCAGAUAUUUCUACUUUGUUUGUUUGCAUUACAAACAAAUUAUUGUACUACAACGUAAAAAAGAUUUCCAUAUUAACAUUAUGCUUGUAUUUUUAACGGAGAAAUAUAAUGACGGCAACUCGACAAAAUACAAUUCCACCAGCAUGGAUGCAAGCUGAUGGCGACCUCCAAGAAGUGAUUUUAAAAGCUGUCACAUCCUUUAAAGAAACUACGAAACAUCAAGAAAAACUUGAUAUUCUGCUAUGUCUCUGCAAUGAAAUUUUCCCCAAAAUAUCUUUGGUUACGCUUGAAGAGGAUUUUCUCAAUCACAUCUUUCCAGAACUUCCUGCUUAUGUGGAGAAACUCCUGACUGAAAUUGAGGAGACAGUUUGUCUGAAAAACAGUGGUGAUGAAGCAAUAUCAGUCACGUUUCAGAAGGAAAAUUUGCACAAUCUUCUUCUGGUGGUACUACAAUUCCUGGAAUGCCUAGAAUCAUGUGUAAGAUGUGUUGGUGAGAAGUUUCAAUGCAUCAGGAUUUCUGAAGUCAGUUCAUUACCAUUACCUUUGUUGAUGGUCAUAAAAUCAACUUUUUCCCAUUGUCAGAGAAGUGAAGCUUUGUAUGGAAGUAUUUUUGGUGAAGUAUCCCAAGAUCUUUCAUUAGUUUUCAAGAAGUCUUUUGAUUUACAGAAGAUGUUACUGGAGUUCUUAUGUUCAAACGUGGAAGCUGUCAACAGCAUAAAUUCCGAGGAUGAUUUAAAAGUCAUUAUGUCAGUUCAUGAAAAUUUGUUGGAUCUCUGUGAUGUCACUGAAAGAUUUGACGGAAAUAUGUCACCCAGCUUGUGGAAGUAUUUGAUUAAACUUGCCGUGAAGAACAAAGAAGCUGUUAAAAAUAACUUGGAGAGUGAAACGGUAGUCUUAAAAAUGUGUAGUGCAAUCGAGAGCAAGAUACAGAGUUUACAAAACAUCGACGUUUCUCCAUCGUCUGAAUCGUUGCAGAACGAAUCGCCGAGAUUGAAACAAACAAAACUUUUAAAAUUUUUGAUCAAGCUUUUGAUGAGCUUUGUCCAGGCUUUUCAAGAUUAUAUUUUACCUUCAACGAUGAAGUCUGUCAUUGCACUUAUAUUUUCAAUCAUCAACGUAUCCUGUUUCAAUGCCAGCUCCUGUCAAGAAACACAGAGAUCUGUUCCACGUGCUACUCUCGAUGUCUGCCGAUCACUUAUUGUCAUGGUUGAACCAUUUCUCAGAAUUUUAGUGGACGACAAGAAAUUUGCUGACUUGCUAACUCGUUUUUAUCCAGAUGAAUUUUUAGAAAAUGGUUUUCCUCGUUGCUACACUUUGACAAAUAUUGCUGUGAUGUUGCCCAUAAUAUCAGAUGAAAUGCUGUUGUAUUGGUUGGAACCAGAAAAUGAUCAUCAGGCGGAGUCACGUGUUUCCAUUUACGAAGCCCUGUUAACUUCGUGUGAUCUCUGUUUUGUUGAAGUCUCGCUUCCUUUACUUCUGCCUGGAACAAUGUCGAAUGGAAAAGCGCAGAGGAUGAUCAGUUUUUAUGAAUACGUCGUUGCACGUCUAUCAGCAUCAAUAUCGGCUAUUCCUUAUCAACAAUUUCACAUCGUGGAAAGGGUUCUUUUGAAAAAACUGUUUCAUGGUGGUAUUGUCAGUUCAUCCAUUGCUGCUGAUGUUUGGUGCUUCAUGGCAAGAUGGAUGACUGCUGAGCUUUGUUACAACCACGUGAAGCUGUUUAUUCUUUGGCUGUCCACAGUAUCUUGGAGGAGUGAGUUUCAUAAAAACAGACUAUCCAUUUUAGUCGGAAGACUUCUGCCUCUAGUCGCCCAACAUCAUCAGGAAAUGCUGCUGAAAGAGUACCCGAUGCAAUCCAAAGAAUAUUUUCCAGUGUGGUCCACCUUACCUAUUUAUAAAAUAUCAAAGCCAUUACAGAUACAGGCAGUACAGGCUAUGUUGUGUACUUCCACUAAGACUUUGGCGCAAUGUAUGGACAAUCAAGAUCUUCAAAAUAUUCACUUGGAGAAGAGUCUUCAAUGCAUCAAAAACAUUAUUACUCAUUCCAAAAACUUUGAAAAUUUGCCGAGCAAUGUAGAAUCAAAUUUGAUCCAUGUGAUGAAACGUUUGUUCGACGAAUAUUUUGUUUCUGCGCCUAGAGAGAUUUCAGAGAAUUGUUGGGCGAGUUUCAUUUGUAUACUUGGCUCAAUAUUACCGCGUGUUCAAUCACAACAUGCCGAAGAGAUUCUGAGUACAGUCUUCAGGAAGAUUGAAGAAGCAAAUGACGACGUUUUUAUUGUAUAUUUCGCAUCACUUUUGGCCAAGUGUGGACAUCUUUCAUUGGGGCAGAAUGAAUCGUUGUUAAUAUCGAAGACUUUCCGUGUUUUGGUUUCAUCAAAAAAUUGGUUGGUGCAAAAUGAGGCCUUUACUGCUCUUAAACAGUUUGCCGAGAUCACUCCUUGUACAUCGAUCCUUGAACAAUGUCUACCAGAUGCGAUGAAGGAAGAUUUUCAAAAAUUUAUUUGUGCAAUACCUCACGGGCAAGAUCAGUCCAAACCAGAAUUAAUGUUGCUUAAUGUGCUGCAAAAGCAAGCAACGUUACAGAGGAGCGAUGAGAUUAUGCCCGACAAAGCAACAGCUGCACACCAAGACCAACAUGAAAAACGAAAACGUAGCGAACGUGAAGUUGAACUGAACUCCAAAAGAAACAAGUUGGAACAUAUGAAACUCUCAAAAGAGGAUGAUGUAGUUCUGUCGACAAGUUUAAUGGAAAUAUCAAGACACUUGACUGUUAUUCAGGAUCUUUACAACCGCACUUCCCAAUGGCCUCCAGAAAGUGUACUAAAGUUGAAAUCAAUGAAAAAAGUAGCAUGUUUUCAAUGUGGAAAUUGCUGUCUUCUAAUAAGUAAACUAAAAUUACCUCCAAGACAUGUAAGCGUGAAGAUGAAAGAUACGAAUUGGGCAAGCUGAAAAAUUAACCCGUGCCCAAUGGAAGCAAAAAGAAAAAAAUAUUCAGAAAUCAAUGUGUUCAUUAUUGCUUGUGCGAUGAUCGCUCUGCAGCAUGAAAAACAUUUCAUUUGAUAUACAAGUGCUGAACCAUAGGUGGUAAUUGUAACUUUGGAAUGACUUUGAAUGCCCAGCUAUAGUGCCUUCUCAUUUGACGGCCGUCUUUCGUUGGGCAUUUUUGUUCGUCCUAUAAUAAACAUUUCAUUUGCAAAGUU